UAUGACCAAUCGCAUAGUUUUUACUAGUAGGCGGGACUUCCUGGUGCACCUAGCAUAGCGGCUUCGAGUGACGUGAAGGACAUUUGUCUCAUUCCGUUUGUGUGAAUUAAAGGACCAUUACAUCAUCAUGGGAGGACAUGAGGGAUCCCAGCACCAGUUCACCGGAAUCGCCAAAUACUUCAAUUCUUACACAAUCACAGGAAGGAGAAAUUGUGUUUUAGCCACAUACGGCAGCAUACUCGCCAUUUUCCUCUUCUUCAAGCUGAAGCCGAAGAAACAGGCUGCGGUCACGGAAAAGUGACACUAUGUCCGUUCUGACAACUGUUGCUAACAGCUGGGAGGACAGACGGGUGGACACGCUUGUAGUAAAGUAACUAGUUUUCAUGUGUUAAUAAAAAAAGAACUUGUGCCCAAAA